AUGUCAGGUGCAGGAGAAAAUCCUGUAAGUAUCGUUCAGAUGGAUCGAAUUAAUUUUAUAGCUGCACGGUGGGUAAAUAUUACCAAAGCUGAUGGUGUUUCACCUGAUUCAAUGACAAUCUUUUAUAAUUCAACAAAUCAUCAAUAUUUUGUGACAAUAGUGUCUGGUCUCAAAGAUAUUCUUGUUGGUAUUGAUUUAAUGAAACAAAAAAUAAUAAAUCGAAUUUCAAAUUCUGAUUUACCAUCCUAUUUAUGUUAUGAUAAUAAAACGGAUGCUUUUUAUGGUAUGCAACGUUCUAUAAAUAAGCGUGGCUGUCGUUUGGUACGUUUAAAUCCUUAUAAUGGUACAACAGACGUUUUAUCAGACAAUUUCAAUAAUUAA